CAGUUGUCGUUGGCGUGUCGUCGGUUUCAGAGGUUUUUUGAAAGACGGUUUUUUGAAAACGUAUUUCCGCUCUGAGUCGCAGUUGAAACUGAGCUACUGAAAACCAUUCAACGCGCGUGAAAGAAUUCAUUAAUUUAUCUGUGUAUUUAGUGUGAGAUAAAACUUAACAGCUAACCCAAAUUAUUUGGCUGCACUUGUGUACCGCACCUCUCUGCAACUCAACGAAAAAUUUGAAAAAUAAAUCUCACGCGUCGAAAUGUCGCCGGCUGACGAUAAUUCCUUUGCCACAACGCAUGGAAACAAAAAGGCCACCUACACGGUGAUAUGCAUCAAGAUUGUGGAAUUGUGCCUGCUCAUAUGCUGCUUGGGUCUGAUCGACGAGCCGGCCACCAACUCCCACCUGCGGGUGUUCAUCACUCCCCGAGUAGCUUCCCUUUGCUAUGUGACCUUUGGUGCCCUGACCAUCUACACGGCGAUCUAUCUGAUAAUGGCGCUCUUUGGUGACUUGACUCCAUGGCGUACGGCUACCUUGUGGAAUCUGGUGGGCUUUGUGCUCUUCGUGGCCGUGACGGCUCUGCUCUUCAGGGACUGGUCCACCACCAAGGAUCGCAACUACUGGCACCCGAAUAUGCAUCGCUUGGAUCUCGUGAUGGCUUCCGCCUCGAUUGCCUUGGUCACCUCGCUGGUCUACUUGCUGGACAUUCUCAUCACCCUGCGCUUGGGUGUGCACGGCGAUCUGGAAUGACAUGGUCUGCCCCGUAGAGUUUGGCGGGAAAGAGGCAUCCAUUCGAUUCUCGCCUAGCGUGGACUGUAAUAUUUAUAGCUCCUGCUUAGAAGUAAGAACCCCGUUCGCAUCCCCGUCUCCCAGCUAAUUGUAAUCCCACGAGAAAACAAAUUGCCAUCAUCGAAUCGAAAAUGUACAAAAUCGACGUCCGAGGAGGUUUAAAGUUCUUAAUCGGCUGCCCUGUUUUGUUUUUUUUAUAAGCUUAUUUACAUCGAGCAUCACGAAUGUUAUAUCUAACUCAAUUAAUAAAUAAGGUCCAACGCAAAUAAAUUUUGUACGAGCGAAUAUUUUUCGAAAUUAAUCUAUUUCCUUUUGAAACUGUCCAAAUAAAAAUGUCGUAUUUUAAUGUA